UAUUAUUAUUAUUACUAUAACAAUAAUAUCGAGAAGGUAAAGUGUAAUUAUUUAAAUAAUAGUAAUUUGUCAGAGAAUAAUCACACGUGGAGAGACGCGGCUACAUUGGCGGCUGCGCCGACGACGAUCGGAAGGCUGGAUUACCUCCGUGGAAUGUCUUCGGGCGCCAAGCGGCUGGUGCAGUCGCUGAGGGGCCGUAACGGUGGUAGUGCCAGCGGACAAACACCAGGAGGACACCUUGGUAAAAACGACUGUUUUGUUGUCCGUGGUGUUGACAAUUCUGGAGCUGGAAGCACCAGUGCCACACGGCUCUGUUAUUACGACAGCGGUCACGAGCUUGACGAGAUAUCGGUGGUCGGGGGUGCUGCGACCCCAACUACGCCCUGUCAUUACUCUGGGAACAAAUACGGGAGUGGACAAACGUUGUACAGUAUUGCGACAACGGUGCCGCCAGCGGCUAUUUCGACUCCUGUUGCUCCAGCAUCCGCGAUAUCUUCCAUCGCGCGAAGUUCUGCUACCGCUGCUGGUCAAGCAUCGACCGGCAGUUAUCCGGGUCUGAUCGGCGGCUAUGGAGACGGCGAUAAGCGGACCGGGAAUAAUGCCCGAACACCGGACAUCAGACUCAGGGGUGAGGAAGACACCAAGAGUGUUGAGAGCACGGUAUCGAGGUCCAAGCAGAGCUUGUUCGACACUGGGUUCGAUCGGCUGGUCGGGAGAUCUUCCAAUCAGCGGUAUUACAAUCAACAUCAUUACCAGCAGCAUCAACAGUCAAAGGAUUCUAGAGGCCGACAUCAGGAGCAGCAGAUUUACUCUGUUUCGCAGAGAUACUUUGGCUCCUCCCGAGACUCCCUGCACGGGGGGUACGUAAAUCGCGGUGCGAGUGAGCUAGAUCUGAGUCGUAAGUCAAGAAGAAAGGAUCAGCUGCGGGGUAAGUUAAAAUUUCCAAAUGUCGUGAGUCUGAGCUCGUCGCGGGACGCGUCCCACCUGCGCAGUUUGGCCUCCACGAAUCAUCUGAAUGUUAACAGCAGCUGCAAUGGUACUGAAACAAGAUAUACGGCUCAACAGCAACAACAACAAAGAGGGAGCCGAGGCUACCCAGGGCAACCUGGCCAACGAGGUUUUAGAACCGGCGCACCUAAUUGGUCAUUUGUCUUUGAUCCCGCGGGACGAUUAUGUUAUUACUGGUCGAUGGUGGUCUCUUUGGCUUUUCUCUACAACUUCUGGGUCAUCAUCUAUAGGUUUGCCUUCCAGGAAAUAAACGGUGAAACGCUGGUAGUGUGGUUUUGCCUCGACUACUUUUCAGAUCUUCUUUAUCUCGUGGAUAUUGUAUUUCAUUUUCGUACGGGUUAUCUCGAAGACGGGGUGCUGCAAACCGACGCUACUAAAUUAAGAAAUCACUACAUGAACACUACAACAUUUUAUAUUGACUGCCUGUGCCUGCUACCCCUCGACUUUUUAUACUUAUCUAUAGGAUUCAACAGUAUACUCCGAAGUUUUAGGCUUGUUAAAAUUUAUAGAUUCUGGGCGUUCAUGGAUCGUACAGAGCGACAUACCAAUUAUCCGAAUUUAUUUCGUUCAACAUCCUUGAUUCAUUAUUUACUGGUGAUAUUUCACUGGAACGGGUGCCUCUAUCAUAUUCUUUAUAAGAACCACGGUUUCGGGAGCAAAAACUGGGUAUACAAUGACGAGAAGGAGGUAGAUGUUGUGGAACAGUACUUACAAAGUUACUACUGGUGUACUCUCGCCUUGACAACAAUAGGCGAUUUGCCGAGACCACGGAGCAAAAGCGAGUUUUUGUUUGUCAUCGUGCAGCUACUGUUUGGUUUGUUGCUUUUUGCCACAGUCCUCGGUCAUGUCGCCAAUAUAGUAACGUCUGUCAGUGCAGCGCGGAAAGAAUUUCAAGCAAAAUUGGAUGGAGUUAAGACUUACAUGCGGAUGCGCCGGGUGCCAAAUCAUCUGCAAAUCAAAGUGAUAAAAUGGUUUGACUAUUUAUGGCUGACGCAAAAGUGUUCAAACGAGGAGAGGACCGUGAGUUGUCUGCCUGAUAAACUAAAGGCGGAAAUAGCGAUAAAUGUUCACCUAGAUACGCUCAGGAGGGUUGAAAUAUUUCAAAAUACAGAGGCUGGCUUUCUGUGUGAGUUAGUGCUUAGAUUAAGACCUGUUCUAUUUUCACCGGGAGAUUAUAUAUGUCGAAAAGGUGAGGUAGGCAAGGAAAUGUACAUAGUAAAUCGCGGACGACUGCAAGUGGUAGCAGACAACGGGAAGACUGUGCUGGCAACACUAAAAGCCGGCUCAUACUUCGGGGAAAUCAGCAUUCUCAAUAUGGGGACUGCAGGUAAAGAGUGCGGUAAAUAUUCCAAGCAGCCAAGGGGGCCUUGUCAAAGCCACGAGCGCUGUCCCCCUCGUGUUUUCAUUAGUGAUCAGAUCAGUCAUAUUAUUAUUAACCAUAAAUAUCCACCAACUAAUAUUAUCCCUCUCGUCGUUGAGCAAGACGUCGAGAAACCGGGUAAUCGACGAACAGCCAGUGUAAGGUCUGUCGGUUAUUCCGACCUCUUUGUACUGAACAAGAAAGACAUGUGGGACGUGUUGAAGGAGUAUCCAGCAGCGAGGGUGCGGCUUGAGGCUAUUGCGGUAAAAAGGCUUGAAAAAUACAAGCGAGCGCCACUUGAAAAAGCGGCGAUGGGAAGAAGCCAAAGUACUCCGGGGUUGGUCGAGUCCGAAGGACGGAUCACCCUCGAAGAAAUGUGGUUAGCACCCAAUGAGUUACGUACUCCACGGUCGCUAUUUUCACCUAGUCCGAGUCCUAUCACUGCUUCAUCUCUUCACGGCUUACGUGCUGGAGUUGAUACAGCUGUUGAUACAAAUACUAUUGGAACAGCCGCUGCGGUGGAUAGAACACGGGCUGCUGCUGAUAGUCCAAUGAGUGCCACUAGUAGUGCUCGCAGUAGUGAAGACCAAACUGCACGAGUUCCACACUCAACGACGACGCAGCCGUCGAUAGGCCGGCAAUCGACCCAUUCUGGUAUGACUUGCAAUAGUAUGACACAAUUAAUGUCAGAGGGUGCAACGACACCGCUGCUGGGUGUUAGCAGUCACGAGGCGUUACUUGCUGAGAUAAAACGGCUGAGAGAGCGUUUGAUAUGCUUGGAAACGGAGAACGCAGCGAUGAGCGACAAGUUAAAUCAACAGCAGUGGGCAGUGGAGCACAGAUUAGCGGAAAUAGAGAUGCAGAUAUGCGGAGCAAGUUCGACCUCGAGUAUCGAGGACACGGAGCGUAAUCGCGAGAGCAUCAUUUAA